CCCUUCCUGACUCGUGCUUUCGUUUUCUCGCUCUUUUUUACCUCUUUUCUUUUCGCUCUCCUCCAAUCAUAUAUUCCCUUUCCCUUUCUUUACACCUUCACGGAAAAGAGAAGAAGAGAGCAGCAAUUCUCAAGUUCCAAGGAAGAGGAAGGAAGAGCAGCUGUAUACUUCGAUAUUCCUCUCAAUUGCAGUAUUUCCGUGUAGAUUCUUAUUUGGAAAGAUAUUGUUGAUUUCUUUUUGCUGAUUCCGUGGAUUUUCCUCAUCUUUUGAAGGUGUUAAUUGUUGUCGAUUGAUUGUUCUGUAACAGAUCCAACUUGGAGAAGGCAACUUGACCAAUCUGUUUAUCUAACAGAUCCUCAAUUUGUGGUACGGGGAAAUAAUAUUUGAUUGUGAUUUUAUUUAUGGCUCUACUGCUGAUACACAUGCGACGCUUCCCAUCCUUAUUUGGAGCCAAUAAGGCAGAUAUGCUCCCAACGUGAAGUCAAUGCGAUGCUGUAAAGCACAAAGAGGUGGUAAUUGGGAAGAUAAUGUGAUGGAGCACCCUUCACAAGACUCGGUGGCAUCAGUGAAAACUACUCAGAAGUUUGAAAAGAGUCCAUGGGGAUUUAUGUCCAAGCUUGAUUCACAUCAAGGAUCAAAUGAUGCUAGUCUCUUUUCAUGCUCAUUGCCAGCUCGUCCAUGUGAAGGAUUUUAUUCAGUUAACAUUAUGGAUUCCGGAGUGGGAGCUUGCUCUAUGGAUGAGGUUUCAUCUAAAUUGGAUGAGCUUGUUAAAGACAUUGAGCUCAAGGAUUAUAGUGGCAUUCAAGGAAUUGAAAAAUUUUUACCCGACGAGGAUGAACUUUUUGAUAGCAUAAUGAAUAGUUCACACCAAACAGAAUUGCUCGGCCAUGUAGAGCAAGGGGAAGAUUGUGACCUGUUUAGCAGUGGAGGUGGCAUUGAGAUGGACGCUGAUCCUAUAGAUAAUGUUGUUGUUGGCAUGGCUAGGACAAAUAUUGCUGAUGACUACUUGGGGAAUAUAAAUUUUCAGUAUAGUCUUCCAAAUGGCAUUGGAACAAUUGCUGGGGAACACCCUUAUGGAGAACAUCCUUCAAGAACAUUGUUUGUACGAAACAUCAACAGUAAUGUCGAAGAUUCAGAGUUGAGAUCUCUUUUCGAGCAAUACGGAGACAUUAGGAGUAUGUAUACUCAAUGCAAACACAGGGGAUUUGUUAUGAUAUCUUACUAUGAUAUUCGACAUGCACGGAAUGCCAUGCGUGUAUUACAAAACAAACCUUUACGCCGAAGAAAACUUGAUAUCCACUUUUCUAUUCCAAAGGAUAAUCCAUCAGACAAAGACAUGAACCAAGGAACUCUAGUCGUUUUUAAUUUGGAUCCAUCAGUAUCCAAUGAUGAUCUUCGUCAAAUAUUUGGGACGUUUGGGGAAGUGAAGGAGAUACGGGAGACACCACACAAGAAGCACCAUAAGUUCAUCGAGUAUUAUGAUGUUAGAGCAGCAGAAGAUGCCCUCCGUUCAUUGAACAGGUGUGAUAUUGCUGGGAAGAGAAUAAAACUCGAACCGAGUCGACCAGGUGGUGCCCGGAGGAGUUUGAUACAUCAACUAAGCCAAGAGAUUGAACAUGAUGAAAUGAGAAAUUAUAGACAUCAAGUGGGUUCACCUCUAACCAAUUCUCCUCCUGGUACAUGGACACAAUUCAGCAGUCCAGUUGAUAAUAGUCCAUUAAGAGCCUUUAGCCAUUCUCCUGUCUUUGGUGGCAGCGGUCAUUUUACCAAUAACCAUUUACCUGAAUUAACCUCCAUUCUUCCUCCCAUGCUAUCAAACUCCAUGAAGAUUUCACCAAUUGGAAAAGAACAGAGCAGGAUUAAUCGCACUGACCCGAUAUCUAACUCAAUUCAUGGUAUUCCUUUCCAUCACUCGCAUUCAUUUCCAGAGCGUGCUGGAGGGGGAAUGCCAAAUUUGGGUUGCAGUCCUUGCAUCAUGGCUUCUUCUGGUUCUACAGCUUCAAGUUCAUCCGAAAUUGAAACGUUAACUGGGCCCCAGUUCCUAUGGGGCAGUCCAAAUACUCGCACUGAACAUAACCAGUCAAGUGCUUGGUCGAGGUCAUCUCUAGGAAAUGCAUCAAUAUCUAAUGGGCAGGUGCAUGGCUUCCCAUUUUCAAGUCAUCGUGGACUCCUUUCUGCUUCACACCAUCAUGUUGGAUCUGCUCCUUCUGCUAAUCCUUGUGAAAGGCACUUUGAUCACUUAAAUGAGUCAUCUGAUUCAUCCUUUGCGAGCCCAGCUUCUUUUGGAAAAAUGGGUAUUUACCGAAAUGAGGGAAGCUUAAUGGUUAAUUCUUGCCCUCCAAGGGGACCAGUUAGUCCUGUAAGUUCUUUGUAUGGAAGUAUUUCUGAGAGUACUUCACCUGUGUUCAGAAUGGGGCCGGGACAUAUCUUCCCUGGGAGCUUCCAAUAUACUGGGCAUGGAUCCAGUGGCAUGGAAGGAUUUACCGAACAUGGCAGGAUGCGCCGAGUUGACAAUUGUGAGAGCGAACUUGAUAGUAAAAAGCAAUUUCAGCUGGAUCUUGACAGAAUUAUUAACGGGGAAGAUACCCGGACAACUUUAAUGAUAAAAAAUAUCCCAAAUAAGUACACCCGUGAGAUGCUUUUAGCAGCUAUUGAUGAAAAUCACAAGGGUACUUAUGACUUCCUUUACUUGCCCAUUGACUUUAAGAACAAGUGUAAUGUUGGCUAUGCUUUCAUAAAUAUGACGUCUCCAUUACACAUCAUCUCAUUCUAUCAGGCUUUCAAUGGAAAGAAAUGGGAGAGAUUCAAUAGCGAGAAAGUUUCCUCUCUGGCAUAUGCUCGGAUACAAGGAAAAGCAGCACUUGUUGCUCACUUUCAGAACUCAAGCUUGAUGAAUGAAGACAAAAGAUGUCGUCCUAUUGUUUUUAAUUCUGAGGGAGUGGAGGAUUCAGAUCAGGAACGCUUCCUGGCAAACGGCGGAAGCCAUUGCUCCCCGCAGCAAGAGGGGACUUUAACAGGAGAUUUACUUGUUAGUGGUGAGAAUCCAGAGAAACAUGAUAAUGACACAGUACCAAGAAAUGGCUUUGGAGAAAGAUAGACUUUUUUUGGGAUGGCUUUCUUAUUUCUUCUUGAAGCAGCUUCCUAGUACAAAAAUUAAAAUUUUUAUACUGAAAAACUGCUUUAAGAAGCAAAAAGAAAGCCGUCCCAAACGAAGCCAUAAUCUUGGUGAAAGCUUGAUGGUUAUUUCUGUGGAUAAGCGUUUAAGUGUAUAAAGCUACUAGAAGGAUAAAAUAUUGCUUGGUGGAAGCGUAACAAUGGCGCACACAUCCUCUUUUGAAGCGAUGGAUGCGCUAUCACUAUUCAUCUUUGUGAUCUGUAAUACGUCUUUUGUUAUGAAAUCAACAUUCUCGUGUUUUGUAUAGGAGGAAUAAUUUGGCAAGUGUACAGAUGAAAUUAAAGGUUAAACUGUUAGUGUAUAUUAUCAAACCAGUUGGUCAGGAAGUGUCCUGGUUUUCUUCCUUUUGUUUUCCAUUUUUUUUUUAUUGUUCGGUGAAGGGAAGAGAGGCCGUUGGUAUCUCCAAGUGAUCUGCAAAUGUUCUCUGCUGGAGGGUGGAGGAUUUCUGGUAUGUACAGAAUCAGCAAAAACUCUUAUCUGUUUUUUUUCCCUUGUUGCAUUUGAGGGUGAAAUGUGAAUUUUCUUAUGGGUAUUGUACAUUUAUUGCUUUUAGAUAUUGUUGACAGUAUUUAUUAGAAAA